UAGGUCUUCACGAUGAGCAACGACCUUCAAGUCACUAUUCCCAUCCACGGCACCUUCCGGCUCAGUCCCGAUGCGAAACAGCUGCAUCCGAUAUAUCUGGCGACUUAUGGCUCUCUUGAAGGUCCCGACAUCAUCCAGAGCCACGAUAAUGGCGUCGUCUGCCGCGCCACGUGGACUGGGCAGACUCUGUCAUCGUCCGCCGCCAUUCGGCGAUCGCUGCCCACUAGGGUUGUCUUCAAGCUUUACUACUGCGAUAGCCGACUGAAUGACUUGGAGCACGAAGCCAGGAUGUAUGCACACGCCUCAAAGGUACAGGGUUCCGUCAUCCCGCGUUGCUUCGGUCUUUUCGCUGGCGUAAAUGUCGAAAACGAGGACGAGAGGGUGAAGCUUCUACUGCUCGAAGACUGCGGCGAUCCUCGGAGGCAUUCAAAUGGAAAGCUUGUCCUUCCCGAUGAAUUCAGCUUGAAGCAGUCCCUGGCCAUAAUCAAAUGUCUGGUAUUGCUCCAUCAAGAUGGCGGCCUCGAGCACCACGACUUCGAGCCGAGGAACAUCGUAUGGUUGAACGACGAGCGUCCUGUCAUCGUGGAUCUAGGCCACGCCAAGAGACACGAAUGUGACCAACGCCUGGUGAUCAGUCCGAUGAAGCUCUACCCGGACAUUGAUGAGUUUGGCUGCUUUGAGGUGCAUGAUAGGUGCGUGAGGUACGGGAUCUGGUUCCAUGAUGAAGUCUGUUUCGCCGGCGUCUGGAUCCCGGCCAAGGAUAUUCAUACCUUGGAAGACGUGAUUCAACCUGCUGCGGAGCGUGGUGUGCGCAUAGACGACCGGGCCUUGGAGGUGGCCAAACAGGUCUUUGCACAUAUCAAAUUUCGCCGAGAUCAUUAUCCAGAAAGUCUUGAGCCCCGGUCGUAGCUUAUCACACCACGGUGGCCUGCUUUGAAUCUCUGGCGAAGUAUAAUAACCUAGCCAUGUUUUUUCGGUUGUACGACAAUGCCAGCUAGUAAUUUCCGAAUCGGA